AUGGUGGGAGGUCCCACUAUGGACCAUGAGGCCAAGCGGUGGAGCAAUUGGUGCGGUGCUCUCAGGUAUAGUGUCGGGAGGCAGAGCUGCGGCCUCGUCUGUGAGGUCGUGGGAUGGAUAGCUUGGGCCCGUCACGAAUUGUGUCAUGACAGAAGCCUUGGUUCUCUUGCGUUUUGCCUCCAAACAUGGUUGUUUGGAAGGCUUUGGUUAAGCGAUGAAAAUGAGUAA